AUGGCUGAACGAGAAGCCAAACGGCAGAAGACGGAGAAGGAUGACGAUGGAGGUCACAAAGCCAGUCAGAAGGACUAUGAUUUCUCUGAUGUGAUUCUGCGCAUGAGCAGGCAAGGCAUGUCCACGGAGUCCAUCGCAACUGUGUGGGAGAUGGGACCUGCUGAAGUCGUGAAAGUAUUGGAGCGAUCCGGCGCAUUUACACCGAAGGACACUGAGGAUGGGGAGCAAUCUGGAGAUAACGGCCAAGGCUUGGGACUUGUGAAGCGUUUGCUCACGGAUCCGCCGGAGCUGUGUUGCCCCAUUUCCCAUGCGCUGAUGGAGGACCCUGUGGUGGCAAGCGAUGGCUUCACUUACGAGCGGUCGUGCAUCGAAAACUACCUGGAGCGGACAGGGACGAGUCCAAUGACCAGAGCAGUGAUUGAAAACCUAGUGCUCUACGACAACAAGAAGGUGAAAUCGGAAACGGUCUCUUUCAAGGAAAGCGUUGUGGCGGAGAUCCUUUGCGUCGCACCACAGCUUCCGAACCACUUGGCGAGCAAAGUGCUCCCACGAGCUGUGGAGUUUGUACGUGCCCAGCUACCAGAUUCGACUGCUCGCAGGAAGCUUUUAACGUUGCUGCUUCUCAAAGUACAGUUGCCCGGGGUAGACAGAUGUGCCAUGCUCCAAGAGAUCGCUUUGUUGCUCGUGGAAGUGCGAGAUGAUGGGCAAGCUUUGGAAUUUCUCUCAGCUACCGAGGAGUCUGAACUGCGCACGUUGCUUCCAAACCUUAAGGAAGAUAUCGUCAUGGUCCUACACAACGCUGUCAAGGAAACAAAUGCCAAGAGCAAAGUUCUGAUCGCCAAGGAACUUGCAUGUAGACUUGCCAGCCGCUUGGGCGAGGAUGUGCGGUUGAACAAGCUAUGGGACGUCUUGCUGUUGACUGACCGCUAUGAACACGGCGAUUGGACGAAGGCUUCAGCCGUUUUGCUGGCAGCUUUUGUCGACAGGCUAGAUGUAUCUCUCGAGGAUCUUGAUUUGCGCUUGUUGGAUCACGCUCGCGCAUACCUGGCUGACCAAGAUGUGGCAGCUGCCUUCGCCAAGGGGUUUUUCAACCAUGACCUUGGAAUUUUGACAGCUGGCCAUUGGCCACCCAAGGGAUCUGCGAGGAUUUUCGUUCACUUGGCCCGUCGCUUGGAAUGCGAUGGCAGCGAGGACGAGCAGAAGCUCCAAUUGCUGGUGACAGCUCGCAGCAUCGAUGCCAGUGACGUGCAGGUUCGCAAAGAUCUAGCAUGUCAGCUGCGUUGCAGCAUGUUGAGCUUGAAGCCCUCUGGCAAUGAUGGUGGUAUCGAUGUGGAAGGAUUGUUUCUCAAGCUUCUUCUGGAGAUUGGAGAAAAGAUCCCAGCCGAUGUCCUGCCCAACUUGACCUUGCAACCAGUUCACCUCAAGCAGCUGUCAGCACAAGAGCUCCUGCUUCUUUCGAAACAGCUCGGCAUGUCUGAAAGGUGUGCAGACGGAGCUCGCAUGGCUGUCGCAGCAGCCAGGCUAUUUGCUGCUGUCAAGGAGGAAGACGCGUGCCACGAUGCUUUCCUCUACGCCGUCCGACUGGACCCCAGCAGCUGCGAUGCUUCCCGUGGGCUGGCGCAAGCAGUGGUCACGCUGAAGGGCAAAUGCAAAGAGCUAGCAGGUUCCCUCCAGCAACUCACGGCCAAGUGCCACGCUUUGGAGAGCAAGUGCCAAGGACAAGUUUCUGAAGGAACGUCCCAACUUGUUUGGGACUUGCUUGGGUAUAACUUCAGUGGCUUCGCCAACCGUCAGAGGCAGACGAGCAACAAGUUCCAGAUCUAUCCCGGCAUCAACGCUUGGAUGUCCCUGUGCCCUCUAGGCUUCCCACAAUCGAGGCCUGGCAAGGCUGCGCUGUUUUUUCACGUGGAGAAGGCCGUCGUUGUGAAGGUGCGGUUCUCGUGCCGUAUGAUGUGCAUGACUCUGUAUCACGAUUUUUCGAGGACACUGGAUAGCCAGGGCAAACCUGAAGGCUGGGGAUUUGCGAACUUCGUGAACACCUCAGAGCUGAACAACGCCUCCAUCACCCUUGACAUUUUCAGUGUCCAACUACCUGCAGCCUCAUUGCGUUCGGCCGUCCCAGGCUCCAAUGACUCUCAGCAUGGUGAAAUUGUUUGUCGCGGACAUAUCCAGAGAAUUUAA